UAAAGAAAAAGAAAUAGCAGCCGCUAAACUCCUUGACGCAGUUAAUGAAAUAGCAGAAAGAGGAGGUGCUGUUGCUUUCGGAGACGAAAUUGAUAAUGUUAAAAGAAGAUGUGAUAAAUAUGAAAAAAAAGCCGCAGCGGCCGGACAAACACCCAAAGAAUACAAAAAUUACAUAAUUAAACUAUUAGAGGAAGCAAUUCAAAAAAAUGAUAAUUUAGUAUCUCUUAUAAAAAUAAAAGAGGAACGCCAGGCCAACGAUCGAGAAAAAUCACGAAUAGUAGACGGGAUUAAAGAUAAAAAAAUAGAAGAGCUGGAAAGAGAGAAUAAAGAAAAGGAAUUAAGACUAAAAGAGGCGUAUAGAAAAGACCGCAAUCUGGAAAAAAAGCAUAAGAGGUGGGGCAGUGGUUUUUCUAUCGAUUUAUCAACGGGAAACAACACCCCAUCAGAUAGACCAAGCACUCCAACCACACCAAGCCCAAUCCAAAAAGACAGCCCGACAAUGGAUUAUGUUGAAGAUGCUGUAAGAGGUCUGAGAAAGAAGCACGAGGAUGAAAAAGCCGGUUUAACCAAAGAAUACGAGGAACAAAUACGGGCAUUAAGAGAGAAAUUAGAGGAGGCGAAUGCUAAAAAUGAGAGGUUGAAUAGCGUUGUGGAAGUUGACCCUGACGAUUACGAAAAUUUACUAAAUGAAAGAGAUGGGUAUGUUGAUAAAGUUAGCAAUUUGGAAAUACAAAUAGAAGUAUUACAAGAGAAGUUGGACGAAUUGAAAAGAGGGGCAGUUGCGAAUGAUCCGCACCCCGAGGAAGAAGAAAAAAAAUGUAAUCUUAUUAAGGACCACCAUAAAGAAUUAGAGGCCGAAAUUGAGGAGUUAAAAGAGGAAUUGAGCGAAAAAGAAGUUAAAAUUGUUGCGUUGGAGGAUAGAAUUAAUGAGUUGGAAAAUGCUAACAAUAAUAACGAACAGAAUAAACAAGAAAUAACGGACGAAAAAACGACCCAUGAAAAAAUCCAUGGCAAAGCCGAAAAAGAUUAUUUCAAAUCGGCGAGAAAAAGCCAAAAAAGUGAGGACAAGACCAAGUUUGCUGAAUUAUUAAAUUUGUUGAAUGAGGCAAAAGAAAAUAACAAAACAGUAUUCAUUCCAGUCAACAACGCGAACAGCCCCGAUGACGAUGGAACACAUUGGAGUUUGUUGGUCUAUGAAAGCAAAAAAUUCUAUCAUUUUGACAGCAGCGGAGGAACGAAUUACGAGUAUGUUGAGGACACAGUUAAAGAAUUAUUAAAACAAUUGGGAACAAAAGAAGAAUGA